AGUCAGAGCCGCCUACGUUACAAAGCCACGGAGCAGACACCCUCUCUCAUUUGUCUGGCGAGAAAAUGAAAUCAUGUGGAGCAGUUCCCACCACCACCACCCCCGCCACCACCUUCCUCAGCUCUCUACUUCAAUAUUCUAAAACUAAAUCCAGGACUCGCGAUUCCCUGGAAACCUCUCGAUUACUCAGGGACUUCGCCACCAGGGAAUUCAAUGCAUUCCUCUGGUUUUCUCUCAUCGCCGUCACCGCUCUUCUGCUCCGAAAAGUCUUCAAUCUCUUACGGCUUUGGGCUCAGGCCCGGAAUAUCCCCGGGCCUCCGUGUACCUCUUUCUACGGCCACUCCAAGCUCAUUUCCCGGGAAAAUCUCACCGAAGUUUUAUCUGUUUUACACAAGAAGUAUGGACCAAUUGUCAAGUUGUGGCUGGGUCCUACUCAGCUUUUGGUAUCAAUGAAGGAUCCAGGACUUAUCAAAGAGAUGCUUUUAAAGGCUGAGGAUAAAUUGCCUUUGACUGGGAGGGCAUUCCGAUUGGCCUUUGGGCCUACGAGCCUCUUUGUUUCAUCCUUUGACGAGGUGCAAAGGAGAAGGGAAUCAUUGGCAACAGAAUUGAGUGGGAGAUUGAUUGAGAAACCUCCUGCAAUUCCUACAAAGGUUGUGGACUGUAUCAUGGAGAGACUGAACAAGUUCAUGGCUGAAGGCAGCCUGGAUUGUAACAUGGUUUCUCAGCAUAUGGCUUUUACCUUAUUGGGAUCCACACUCUUUGGAGAUGCAUUCUUAACGUGGUCCAAGGCAACUGUUUAUGAGGAGCUUCUCACGAUGAUUGCUAAAGAUGCUUGCUUUUGGGCCUCAUAUAGCAUUACACCCUACUGGAAACGGGGAUUUUGGAGUUACCAGCAUUUAUGCACAAAAUUAAGACUCUUAACUCAAGAUAUUGUUCAACAGUGCCAAAAGAACAACAAGCUUUUUCAUCAGAAGGAUGGAAACCAUUAUAAUGGGAUUACAAAGAUGGGAAUGGAGUCUGCAUCUGGCUCACUAUCUUGUUUUGGUGAACUUAAUGGUCAUCUUAAUGCAACAGAGGAACUAUGUGGAAAUAUCAUGGGGGUGAUGUUCCAUGGUUGCCUAACUACCUCGGGGUUGAUUGGCAAUUUAUUGGCAAGGCUUGCGACACAUCCACAAAUCCAGGAGAAGAUUUUCUCGGAGAUCAUUAUGGCAAGGAAUGGGUCAAUGAAACAAGACCAACAAUGUGUUGAUAAGAUGCGUUUAUUAUUAGCAACUGUUUAUGAAUCUGCUCGUCUUCUACCAGCAGGGCCUUUGCUUCAGAGAUGUUCUUUGAAACAUGACUUCAGACUUGAAACUGGUGUAACCAUACCAGCGAGAGCAGUGCUGGUUGUACCUGUGCAGUUGUUACAGAUGGAUGAUUCUAGUUGGGGGCAAGAUGCCAGUGAAUUCAAUCCAUAUCGUUUUCUGUCAAACGCUGGAAAUGGAUCUGAUUUGGCGCUUAAUACAUCUAGUACAGGGAAUGCUGAAAAGCAUGAACAUCUCGGAGAGAGCUUCUUCAUCUUAAAUGAUCCAAACGACAAUGCAGCAUUUCUUCCCUUUGGUUCCGGUGCACGUGCCUGUGUGGGUCAGAAAUUUGUAAUUCAAGGAGUUGCAACAUUGUUUGCAUCAUUGCUUGAACAUUAUGAGAUAAGACUCCUGGAGUCAGAAUCUCAGAGUGACUCAAAACAAAUGAUGAAUAACAGUGUUUUUCAGCAUCUUCCUAGUCGGGAGAUAGUCUUCAUAAGAAGGAACAGCUGAAAGAAAAGGCACCAAAAGCUUGACAUGUGGAUGGAUUAGAGUGUGUUUCUGCAUCAUCACUUGUUUCUUUUAAUUACAAGUCAUGGAUGGAAGGCAGAUGGUUCAUUGUUCUUUUCAUGUGUUCUUUUUUUGUUUUCCAAAGGUUAUGGGGGGAAGUGUUUUUCUUCAACUACAAUUUUAUUUUGGCUUAUUAGCUGCAAAGUGGAGGAUGCUACAUGAGUUGGUUAUAGCAACUCGUGUUUUUUUCUCCUCAGUUUUUAAAAAUAGGUCAAGUGCUGCUGUCUCAGUGCCAUGACAAGAGAGGUUUUUUUUUUGAAGCACCCUGGGCCUAUUGUUGCAGCAGAGCCUCUCGAGAGGCAUGCUUAAACUUUUCUUACCCCUCUCACCUUUGGAUUUAGAGACCUCGUCUCUUUUUUCUGUCGUAACAAAUACUUUAUUUAUAUUUUUUUCUCUCCAGAAGGGAGUUAAUGUUGUAUUUGUAAUACUGAUUAAACAUGUAUUGGGAUGUAUAAUAUAUAUAUAUAUU